CAUGAAAAUCGCCGAACAGAGGCAUGCUGUCCAUAGGAAAAGGUCAUGCACAGGUUUGCCAAACAAAUUUGUCUCAAAUAUGGAAAAAUGAAUCAACUAUAUAUUAUGCACUCCCAUCGUAAUCAAAGUUGAUCCCUCAACCUCAAAUCACAUUCUUGGGAAUCGAUAGCCAUUUGUGUUUCUGAUUUUAAUCACUCUGCCGCCUCAGAAUCCCGCAUCCAUUCCAACGGUGAAAAACAUCAUGGGAGGCUGUGCGGGUAAAUUCAAGGGCUCUGAUGAUUUGUCUCCAGAGCCCCUCCCAAGUGACGCUCCUGUCAACCCUGACCAGGCUGAGGGCGAGACCGUUGCUAAGGAGCAGGAGGUGGGUGAGAUCAAGACUGAAGCACCUUUGGUAGAUGUCUCCGAGCAAAAACACGAGGGUGAGAAACCCGCCGAGCCAGAGAUUCCUGCUGCCGAGCCCGAGAAGAAAGAUGAAACCCCUGCUGGCAGACCAGAGGACAAGGUUGAGGCCGCCGCUGCACCUGAGAAGAAAAAGGAAACCCCUCCUGCCAAAGAGACUGAGAACAAGGAAUCAGAUGUUGCUCCUACCAAAGAAGCAAACAAAGAGACUCCUCCGGUUACCGUCUGAUCUGAAAUGAAAUAAAUUGUGUUGACAGACAAUUAUAAACCAGAUAAUCAGAUGUGCCAGAAAGUCCAAUUGUUAAUGUAAGAUUAUUGGUUUUUUACAUCUUUUGUUGUCCAAA